AGUGGAGCGGAAGAUGGCGGCAGCAGCGGCAGCUGCAGCCGGGACCCCACUCGGGCUGAGGCGGAGAAGCCGCCGGCUCUGACCUCGCUCUGGCUCCGGUGCGCGCGGUGGAGCGUGUGCGAGGCCCCGCGCGUCGGGCAGGGGCGGCGGCGGCUACUGCGCGCCGCCCUGAGGAGCGUCCCGGCGGCGGCGGCGCGGCGGCAGCGGCUGAGGAGAGAGCCGGCUCCGGGCCUCCGCGUCCUCCCGCUGCCCGGGGCCCCCGCCUCCUCGGGGGGGCGGCGGCGGCGAUGUUCUCGGUCCUCUCGUACGGCCGACUGGUGGCCCGCGCCGUGCUCGGCGGCCUCUCGCAGACCGAUCCCCGGGCCGGCGGUGGCGGCGGUGGCGGUGGCGGCGGCGGCGGUGGCGGCGGCGACUACGGGCUGGUGACGGCGGGCUGCGGCUUCGGCAAGGACUUCCGUAAGGGCCUCCUGAAGAAGGGCGCGUGCUACGGGGACGACGCGUGCUUUGUGGCCCGGCACCGCUCGGCCGACGUGCUCGGGGUUGCAGAUGGCGUAGGUGGAUGGAGAGACUAUGGAGUGGACCCAUCUCAGUUCUCAGGGACUUUAAUGCGAACGUGUGAGCGUUUGGUGAAGGAAGGACGGUUUGUGCCGAGUAAUCCCAUUGGAAUUCUCACCACAAGCUACUGUGAGUUGCUGCAAAAUAAAGUACCUUUGCUUGGUAGCAGCACCGCAUGCAUUGUGGUGCUGGACAGAAGUAGCCACCGCUUACACACAGCCAACCUGGGGGAUUCCGGCUUCCUAGUGGUCAGGGGUGGUGAAGUUGUGCACCGGUCUGAUGAGCAACAGCAUUACUUCAACACUCCAUUCCAGCUCUCAAUCGCUCCCCCAGAGGCAGAGGGAGUCGUCCUGAGUGACAGCCCGGACGCUGCUGAUAGCACGUCAUUCGAUGUCCAGUUAGGAGACAUUAUCCUGACGGCAACAGAUGGACUGUUUGACAACAUGCCUGACUAUAUGAUCCUCCAGGAGCUAAAGAAGUUAAAGAAUUCGAAUUAUGAGAGUAUACAGCAGACUGCAAGGAGCAUCGCUGAGCAAGCGCACGAGCUAGCCUAUGACCCAAAUUACAUGUCACCUUUUGCACAGUUUGCGUGUGACAACGGGUUGAAUGUGAGAGGUGGAAAACCGGAUGACAUCACUGUCCUCCUGUCCAUCGUGGCCGAGUACACAGACUGAUUGGCCGAGCUGUGACUCCUGUCCUUCCUGUCACCGCCCACUUUCCCCAGCUGUGUGGUGUGCACGGAUACUGCUGGUGGGAGGCCGCAGUGGCCGUGCUGUGACGCAAGCAUGAUGCAAGCCCAAGGUCUUUGUUGAGAACCACUACUGUCGUUCACUUGUUGUGCCGCCGGCAGCAGCUGCGGGGAGCAGACAGGAAAUGGGUCCUCCGCCUCUUGUGGAGGGGUUCCGAACCUCUGACUUUUCAAAAGCAGUUAAAUGAGUAAUAUUGGCAAAGUGAGUUCAAAAUUACAGUGUGUUAGAGGAAUUUCAAGUCUUACACCAUUUGUAUGUACUGAUACGUCUACUAGAAGCAUACACUGUAUGUCACCCAUGUGCCCGCAGGCCUCGCAUCUGUCCUGGGGGUUGGGUGUAGCUUGGUGUUUUCACCUGGAGUUUGUAACCCUGCUCUGAAAUUGCUCUGGGUUGCUACAUCUCAGCCCCUGGAGCUUUUUUUGUUACAAAUUGGAAGAAAAUUUAAAUUUUAGUUCUGUAGUUGCAAAUACUGUGUGCUUUAAAAAAGAUGCUUAGUGUUCCUGUGGUUUUAAGUUUUGGCAUUUUUUUUGGUUAGUCCAAAUCACAGGCUGGUGGUGCCCCAGGGGAGACUCCCUACCAGAAUUUUUAAAUGGAAGUAGUACUCAAAGUACUCCCAAAAACCUAGAAGUUUAAUGUUAUGGUUGAAGUUCACUCUUCCUCCCACACCCACACCCUGGUCUGUGAGGGCACCUGGGCCUGAGACAACGCCGGAGCUUGAGCUGCCCUGGCUGUGGAGGGUGCUCAGCCCCGGAGCCCACCCGAGAGCCCCUGCUGAAAACCUGACCCGUGCUGUGCCCCGGGUGGAGGGGAGGGUUUCUGAAUCAAGCUUAAUGUUUACAGUUUCCGAAGAGCCAUUUUGCCCCAUUUUGCCGUGUAUAGUCCCCUCCAAACUACAGCUCAAUUCCCUUACCUGCAGGCACAAACUUAUUUUUAAAAGGUUGUGUACAAGUUGACUGUUGUAAAGACAUAUAUUUUUUGCGUCUUCUUUUUUUCCCCCUUCAUUAACUUGGUGGUAGAAAAAUAUAUAUACUUAGAAAUCUUAAAUUAAAGCCAUGUUUUAUAUAUGUCAGGUAAGGCUGGUGUACAGAGGCAAACGCAGCGAGGCCUGCCAAGAGUGUGGAGGAAGCCGCUGGCUCCGGGUUAUUGCAUUAGAGCUUAGCUUUGAGGUUACCUCAAUGUGUUUUAAAAGAUUUUGUUUGUGAAUUUGUACUGUAUAUUUGAGUAACUGUCAAGCUUUUGUUUUAUUUAAAUUGUUGAACAUGUACCAUGUACAUGUCAUUACUAUAUUUCGAUGCAUCAUGCUUGUAACAGGCAUUUCAUUAUAAAUAAGAAUGAGUUAUUCAUUUGUAAGCCGUUCAGUAAUUUAUCUACUAUUCCUAAAUUGGCAUAAUGUUAGCGUUCUAUUUUGAAUCACCUUUACAUGUCAGAAUGCCUUAACUGCCCUAACUUGACAGAACAGAGUCUUUGGCGGGAGGCGGGGCGGUGGGGACUGCGCCCAGUGGACAGGCCUCCGUGGCAAGUGCUGGGGUAUUUAUUUUGCACAAACCAUUUGCAGUCUCUAUAUUUCAAAGGAAAAGAAAGUUGUAUUCAGGCGGGGUUUGUGAAAAGGAAUAGCUUCACACUAGGACUGGUGACUUCACCUCUUUUGUUUGGGUUUGUAAUUAUUUUUGCUCAGAUAUAUGUAGCCUUACAAUCUGGAUAUGUUUUGCAUUAGUUUUCCAGUGCUGACAUUUAGUUUCUGGUAAGAUAGCUGGUCAAGUUACUGGCUUUUCUCUGUUCUCAUUUAGCCCAUCAAACAAUCUUUGUAAAGCUAGAUUAGUGGUGUUUCCCAAAACUUAUUUAAUCAACUUAUUUUCUGAGCAAUGAUUGUUAGAAAUCGAAAGUGUGGUUCCAGUGACACUGAAAACAGGGGCAAAGGACUGAGUUUCCCGGUGGACUUGACUUUGGACCUGGCCUGUGGUUAGUGCAGGAGAAUUUUCUCCCUAGCCCUGUCCUUCUCGUUCAUCACUUACCUUGACUGCCCAGCCCGGCGGUGGAGUGCGUGUCCUCCCGGCCCAGGCUCUGGCCAGCCCUGGCGGCUCCAAGCCCCGACCCAGGCUGCACGGUUCCUGCGGCCCGCAGGCCUCUUGGCCCAGCUCAUUCUGCACCCGUGUGUGUUCACUGUGUUUUAAGGCAAGCCGUGCAAACACACAUUUGCCUCAUGUACUGGACUUUUAUAACAAAAGAGAAAAUUUGGAUUUCUAAUUCACAAAUGGCAAAUUAUACAUCCCUCUUUGGACGCACCAAAGACCCGUAAAGUUUAUAGCUUUCCAUCUAUAUUUAUAAAGCAAUACUGUAUUAUACAAAUCAAUAUUUUUAUCACAUGCUUGAAAUUUUUAUUUUGUUCUGUUUUUAAAUGUGCACUCUAAACAUAUCAGAAACGUAUUUCUUCCUGUGAACUUAAGCUGCCUGCGCACAAAAAAAAAAAAAAAAAAAAAAAAGAAUUACCAAAUGGAGAGGAGGCGGGGAGAGUGGACAGGCUCUUAUUAAAACACUGAAAGGAGAAAGGAAGGGUGAGCAAGUAGUUUGUCCUGAGUCUCUGAACUCAUGCCAGUGGUGUGAGACUGGUGGUAAUGAACAAGCAUCCAUUCCAGGUUUGUGUCUGGGGCUGGGCUGUCUAGAGUAGAAACUUGGUUCCGACCUCUCCUGCCAGCUACCCUUCCUCAGGUAGCAUAGUCUGCAGAGGCACCACCUGCAGCAUCGGCCUGCCAGCCUGUGAUGGCAGUCCCAAGGCAGGACGGUGGGCGGUCGCCAGAGAACCCAGCACGGCUCCCGCGGCCUGGUCACCCCAGGCCAGCUGUCGCUGCUGGAGCUGCUGCCUUCAGUUUCUCUGGAAACCGAGUCACAUUUUUGCACUUAACAAAUUUUACAAUACCACAGAAAACCUGCUUAGGAAACAAAAUAUGAAGCAGAAAACAUUUGGAUUCUAUUGGUUUUUUUUUUUUUAAUUCAGUUGGUUGCAAAAUUGAACUUCUCAACUAAAACCAGUGUCCAUGUGAAAAUGUAACUUUGCAGGUAGUGCGUGGCAAGAUGCCUAGGUAAAAAGUGAGCAAAGCCCAGUCUGUAUGUACUAACAAGCUGCUUUUUUCUAUUGAGACUAUCAUUAUUUGUCUUACCCAAGAGGCAGUUACCUGAAUUGGAUGUCUGAAAUAUAACUUAUGCAGGAAUAGUUCUGUAAAUACACUUAAAUAAACUGUAAAGAUAUUUAAUAAAUAUAGUAUUUAUACUAAUCUA